AUGUAUAGUGCCCUUGCUGUGAGUCCUGCUAGUGCGGUGUUAAAUUGGACACGGACCCAUUCUAAUCAAAAUAUCAGUUUAGAACGCUUCAAACGAGCGAGCGGCAGAUGGUCAAGAAGAGGACUGCCGGCAAUUGGAUCGGAAUGUCAUGGGUCGCUGACCAUCACCCCACCGGAUCCAGAGUUUGCGCUCUCUAACAAUCGUUCAAAGUCUACUCUUGGUGGUGCCAUGGAAUCACUAGACAUAUUAAUAAAUAGCGAUGAUAUUGCAUAUAGCAAGCACCCGUACUUGUACCUUCUAUUAACGCCUAUGGGCGAUAACAUUGUCGAAAGUACAGACGAUGCGGGCUUCUCCGAAGGGGUCUCGGAAUCCGUGCUUGGGGGUGGAGGUGAUGCAAGGGCA